CGACUGAGUCACGCCCGAGUCACAUCAUCGGCUUUUGGUUAUCUUCCUCCCUCGCCGAAAAGACGCAAUCUUUUUUUUUUGUCUCUCUCACGGAAUCUAACAGAGAUGAACGCCGCCAUUAGAGCUGCGAUUCAAAGACCACAGAGCUUAGCUUCUCACCUCAAAACCGCGCUUUUUCAUUCCACCCCCGUCUUGGAACGCAAACGCCGCACUUCCUGGGAAUCCAGAUCAUAUGUUCACAAGAAGAGGAACAGAAGAAUGAGGGAGAAGCAAGAGUUAUUACGCAAUGUCAAUGCUUUCGCAGCAAACAUGUUUCCGAGUUGGCAUGAUGAUGGGUAUGAUGAUGAUGAUGAGCCCUCCUCACGUAAGCAGAAGUCGUGGUACAAAAAAAAGUACGCCAAGAAGGAAACCAAAGGCAAAUGGGAUCCAAGGAACUUUGAUUUUUGCGAAGCUGAUGAUGACUUUGACAUUGACUAUGUGUUCCGGACUGCUUUUGGUGGACCCCGAGGCUUCUCUUUUUCAUUCACUUUUGAAGAGGAUGAACCUCCUCGAUGGCAUCAUCGUGACCACUCUUCAAGGUUCUCCAACAACUCUAAGAAGAAGUCUUGGAGAUCAAAACAUCGAAUAUACGAAGAAGAAGAAGAAGAUGGAUAUACUUCAACAGAAUCCAGCGACUCUGAGUCUGAGCCAAACCAAGCUUCUCAUAGACAAGCACUUGGCUUGAGUCCUUCAGGUCCAUUAAACCUCAAAGACGUCAAAAAUGCAUUUCGAACUUGCGCUUUAAAAUGGCAUCCGGAUCGUCAUCAAGGCUCUAGCAAGGAGGCGGCUGAAGCAAAGUUCAAGCUCUGCAGUGUGGCUUAUGAAUCUUUAUGCGAAAAGCUAGCUGUGAACUGAAGACGAAAGAGUUUAGAUAGUGUUUGAUUAUAUAUUUUCAUAUAUCCAUAGUGUUACCAUUUCAAAGCUUAUCCUAAAGCAUAACAAUACUACAGGAUCCAAGCAAAUACCUUUGAUCUGUCUUUUAUUAUUGAACUUUCUAAAAACUGAAUCUUAUCUCUGCUUCUGUGUG